UGUUAGAGCAAGUCCCCCUGAAGAGGUAGUAGGUAGUAUGCGGCUGUUUUUUUCACGUGUUUUUUUCUUCUUCUCAAAAACAUAAAUAAAUAAACAAUCACCUACCAGAGAGGAAACAAUGUGUUUUCGUUGUUUAACUGAGCUCAGUCUUUAAAAACCUUUCCCCGGGAUCUAAUUGUGUUUUUAAAGUUUACAAAGGCAGACGACCAGUCGAAGGAAAACAACGGAUCUAUUUACAGUGAAGGCAGUGGGAACGGGGAGUGGGGGCGGCAGCGGAAUUAAUUAAUUAAAAUGCCCAUAGAGAGUGCGCGAGACAGUGAGAGAAUGUGACUGAAUAUUUUUUCAUUUCCAAUUAGGGAGCUCGAAAGGGGGAGAGAGGAGAAAAACCCAACCAGUCUAACUUACAAUUUGCACAAAAUCCUUCUUUCUGGAGGGAAAGUGGAGCAGCACCCUGACCAGUGGAGAUUCGUGUCUCAUUCGUUUGGCGUCCGGUACCGACUGGUUCUCAGGUUGGAUUUGUGUCAAUCAUUCUACUGAAAUUUCUUUCAUUACAGAACGAACUUUGUUCAUUUGCACAGCAACAUACCUGAUAGCUCCAGAUACAGGGCGAAUGGCUAAAAGUGUUUAUAAUUAGACACAACCUACACCCUAUGAGUAGACAUGUAAUCUUUAGUGAACCGGCAAGUGAUUAAACUGUCAACAAGCGCGCGCGAUACUCCGAAUGCUGAAGAUUCAUUCGGCUCCGCAUUUGUAAACAAAAUAUUCUUUCAAGACAGCGGCUGGGAAUAAUUACACUAAAUAGUGAUGACAUCAGCCACGCCCCCAUCCUCCCGGUGCUCCUCCCCUCAGAAGGUGCAUCACUCCCAGACACAAACAGAGGUGAUAAAGCCCCUUCUGGGUGGGGCUGCUGCUUUGCGCCAGAGGAGACGCGUGCUCUCUAAAGAUGGGCGGAGCAACGUACGCAUUGACCAUGUGAGUGGGCGGGGUGCGCUGUACCUACGUGACCUCUGGACGACCUUCCUGGACAUGCAGUGGCGCUACAAGCUCUUCCUAUUCUCUGCCACCUUUGCUGGAACCUGGUUCCUGUUCGGAGUAUUCUGGUACCUGGUGGCCCUUGUGCAUGGAGACCUGCUUGAGAUGGACCCCCCCUCGAACCACACGCCCUGUGUUAUGCAGGUUCAGACUCUGACAGGUGCCUUCCUCUUCUCCCUGGAGUCUCAGACCACCAUUGGCUAUGGCUUCCGCUGCAUCACAGAGGAGUGCCCAAUGGCGAUCCUCCUCCUCAUCUUGCAGCUGGUCAUCACCAUGGUUAUGGAGAUCUUCAUCACUGGCACCUUCCUUGCCAAGGUGGCCCGGCCUAAGAAGCGUGGUGAGACGGUGAAGUUCAGUCAGCACGCUGUGGUGGCCAGCCACGAGGGCCGGCCCUGCCUUAUGAUCCGUGUGGCCAACAUGCGCAAGAGCCUCUUAUUGGGCUGCCAGGUGACGGGGAAGCUGCUGCAGACGUCUCUGACUCAGGAGGGGGAGACGGUGCGUCUGGACCAGAGGAACGUGCCCUUCCAGGUGGACACGUCCAGCGACAGCCCCUUCCUCAUCCUCCCCCUCACCUUCUACCACGUCAUCGACGAUGCCAGCCCCCUGUGCUCCUGGGCAGCCAAGGGUGGGGGCUGGACCAAUCCAGAGCUGGCAGACUUCGAGCUGCUAGUGAUCAUGAGUGCCACAGUGGAGCCCACCUCUGCAACCUGCCAGGUGCGCACUUCCUACCUGCCGGACGAGAUCCUUUGGGGGUACGAGUUCCCUCCUGUGGUUUCCCUCUCCCCCUCGGGGAAGUACGUGGCUGACUUCUCCUUCUUCGACAAAGUGGCCAAAGCAAAGACCCCGCCCCUCUUGAAACAGGCUCCGCCCUCCAGCCCGCCCCUGCAGCGUUACCCUGGUAGCAGAGAGGGUGUGGCAGAAGGGGCAGAUCCAGAGAAGCUACGUUUAGAGCAGAUCUACAGGGAGAGAGGGGAGGAGAGAGGGAGGGUCCGAGAGAGUAGUCCUCACAGUGUCCAAAUCAGUAAUGUGUAGGGAAAGAGAACGGGAGACAGAAGGAGAGACAGAAGGUGCAAGGAGAGAGAGAGAUGGAGGAAUAGAGAGCGGGAGUGAGAGGAAAAGAGUGGGUGCAUGUAGACGGGUUGUUAAUGAUUACAGAACCGUAUGGGUCUUUAUGUGGAGAACAGCACAUCCCUGUGGAUAAGAAAAUAAGUGCAUGCAUUGAACUGUAUUAAUGAAACAUUGCCUCUGUAAAUGUCUGCAGUGUUCACUUUAAGAAAAAGAAUUGAACUUCAUCAGUUGAAUGAUUGUUAUAUGUAAAUGUGCUAUAUAUGUAUGGAAGUGUAGGGCAGCUGAGUACAAAAAUAGAACAAAAUUGCAAUGGCAUAGUGCUAAGUACUGUACACUGGCAGUGUGGUAACUGUAGUGUAGCAGUACCACACCUACACCAGGGAACUGUUACCUGCCUCUCUUCCUCCACACCAGCUGCUCACCUGUGCCUCUGUCUCUGUAGAGCUGCACAUCUGUGCCUCUGUAGAGCUGCUCACCUGUGCCUCUUCCCCUGUAGAGCUGCACACCUGUGCCUCUGUAGAGCUGCUCACCUGUGUCUCUGCUCCUGUAGAGCUACUCACCUGUGCCUCUGCUCCUGUAGAGCUACUCACCUGUGCCUCUGUCUCUGUAGAGCUGCACACCUGUGCCUCUUCCCCUGUAGAGCUGCUCACCUGUGCCUCUGCUCCUGUAGAGCUACUCACCUGUGCCUCUGUAGAGCUGCUCACCUGUCCCUCUUCCCCUAUAGAGCUGCUCACCUGUGCCUCUGAUGGUAAAUGGUAAAUGGACUGCAUUUAUAUAGCGCUUUUAUCCAAAGCGCUUUACAACUGAUGCCUCUCAUUAACCAGAGCAGUUAGGGGUUAGGUGUCUUGCUCAAGGACACUUCGACACACCCAGGGCGGGGCUCGAACCGGCAACCCUCCGACUGCCAGACAACCGCUCGUACCUCCUGAGCUAUGUCGCCCCUACGUGCCUCUGUCUCUGUAGAGCUGCUCACCUGUGCCUCUUCCCCUGUAGAGCUGCACACUUGUGCCUCUGUAGAGCUGCUCACCUGUGCCUCUGUCUCUGUAGAGCUGCUCACCUGUCCCUCUUCCCCUGUAGAGCUGCACACUUGUGCCUCUUCCCCUGUAGAGCUGCACACCUGUGCCUCUUACCUUGUAGAGCUGCUCACCUGUGCCUCUGUCUCUGUAGAGCUGCUCGUCUGUGCCUCUUCCCCUGUAGAGCUGCACACCUGUGCCUCUUCCCCUGUAGAGCUGCACACUUGUGCCUCUGUAGAGCUGCUCACCUGUGCCUCUGCUCCUGUAGAGCUACUCACCUGUGCCUCUGUAGAGCUGCUCACCUGUGCCUCUGCUCCUGUAGAGCUACUCACCUGUGCCUCUGUCUCUGUAGAGCUGCUCACCUGUGCCUCUGUCUCUGUAGAGCUGCUCUCCCUGAUGCUGAGCCUGGUCUUUAACACUAAAGAUGUUUAGUUCUGUCCACUGUAGCAUCCCUGACUGUAAAUAAUGUAAAUAAUCAUAACACAAAGAACAGUGCAAUACACCGCAGAACCAUCACAGAACUAACAACACACAACACAAAGAACAGUGCAAUGCACCGCAGAACCACCGCAUAACUAACAACACACAACACAAAGAACAGUGCAAUACACUGCAGGACUAACAACACACAACACAAAGAACAGUGCAAUGCACCGCAGAACCAUCGCAGAACUAACAGCACUGUGUGCUGAUCAAGAGUCUCUGUGUAGUGGUUAUCCACGGCUAACAGUAUUGUGUGCUAAUCAGGCUGUAGUGAGUUCUUGAUGAUAAAUUUGAGUAUGAUAUAUAAUUCAGUGACUGCUUUAUUAGGUACGCCUAUCUGAAUACCAGGUAGGACCCCCUUUUGCCUUCAGAACAGCCUGGAUUCUUCAGGGCAAGGAUCCAACAAGGUGCUCUAAACAUUCCAUAGGCCUUUUGGUCCAUGCUGACUCGACAGCAUCAUACAGCUAAGAUUUUUCAACCACACCUCCAUUCUAUCUCAUGCCAAAUGUGCUGUGUUGCAGGCUUCUGUUUCUAGAGACCUCAAAGGUUUCAUUUCAGUCCUAAUUUGGCACACCUAAUUUUACAAAUUAGCAGCUCAACGAGAACUCUACCUGUUGAACGAGGUGUGCUUUGUUAGGGAUGGAGUGAUCCUACAGGACGGUCGAUCUGCAGGAACAGGGUUGGCCAGCCCUGCUCUAUUGGAUGGAGAUCUGGGGACUGUGGAGGCCAUUGGAGUAAACUGAAGUCACUGUCACGUUCAUGGAACCAACUUGAGAUGAUACAUGCUUCGCAACUUGGCACAUUAUCCUGUUGGAAAUUUCCAUUUGAAAAAGGGCAGACUGUGACUAUAAAGGGAUGCACAUGCUCAGCAGCAAUGCUUAAGGAUACUGUGGCAUUCAAAUGAUGGUUGGUCGGUAUUCAGGGGGCUAAUGUGUUUACACAAGGCAGCAUCACAACAUAGCACAGCAGAAAUCAAGAUCUCAAAUCAUCCAGUUUUGAUGAUCACAUGACCAAUGCAGCCUCAUCUUUCUUUUCUUACCCGACAGAAGUGGAACCCAGCAUGGUCUUCUGCUGCUGUAGCCCAUCUGCUUCAAAACACAAUGUUGUGCGUUCAGAGAUGCCCUUCUGCACACCCACUAUUGUUACUUGAGCAAUUGAGGCCUUUCUGUUAGCUUGGAUGUGUCAGCCCUUUCUCCUUUGGCCUCUCUCAUUAUCGAGGUGUUUUUGCCCACAGAACUUCCACUCGCUGUUUUUUUUUUUGCUUAUUGCACCGUUCUCUGUAAACACUAGAGACUGCAGUGCAUGAAAAUCCCAGGAGUGCAGCUGUUUCUGAGAUUCUGGAACCAUCACAUCUGGAAACCAAAAUCAUACCAUGGUCAAAGUCGCCUAGAUGACCCAUUCUAAUGUUUAAUCUAACAACAACUAAACCUUCUCCACCAUGUCUGCAUUGUUUUGUAUAUUGAGUUGCAGCCACAUGGUUAGCUGUUUGGAGGAGCAAGCUAUUUGUACCUGAUAGUGUCCACUGAGUAUAUGUCUACCUAAUGAUGCCAGUAAUACUCCACUGAGUAAAUUGUAGCCUUUUACUUUGUUUUAUUUUGAUGUCACUGGAAUAUACAUAUAUUAUAUAAGAUAUAUAUAUAUAUAUAUAUAUAUAUAUAUAUAUAUGUUAACAAUACUAAAGGCACUUUAAUUUGAUGAAGGUAACCCAUUUACAGACUGAAUGUAAGGGGACUAACAUCCUGAAAUAUAUUGUUGCUUCCCUCUCACUAUUCAUUUUUGUUUGUGUCUUUGUGCGUAUGUGUGCAUGCAUUUGUGUUUGUGUGUGUAUGUGUGCACGUGUGUGUGUGUGCGUGCAUGUGUGCAUUUGUGUAUGGGUGCUUGCGUGUGUGUGUGUGCAUUUGUGUAUGGGUGCUUGCGUGUGUGUGUGUGCAUUUGUGUAUGGGUGCUUGCUCUGUUAUCCAGCUCUCUUAUCACUGCCCCUGGUGGAUGUAGAGAGUAUUACUUAGUAUUGUGAGUGCCCUGAAGAGUGCUCCAUUGCCCCCCCCCCCACGGGUCUGAAGUGGAAUAGGUAUUCUACUCUACCCUAGGUCAGAGAGACUGUAAAGCAGGGGUGCACAACAAAGGCAUGCCAUUUCAGGAUUUUGUGCUAAAUUCUGCUCUUAUUUACUUCACUUAAUCAUAUCUUGAUUUGAAAUGUGUAUAAGCAUAAGCACCAGAUAUUGCCUAAAGAUUUUAUAGAGCUCAAGUACAGGAGUGAACCAGCAUGAUUUAUAGAGCUCUCAAAAAACUAAAACUACAGUAAUUGGUUCGAACAAAAACCAGCACAUUGAUCAACCCUCCAGGGCCAGAGUUGUGCCCCUCUGCUAUAGAGAAAUAUGUAAUAUGUAUCAUUCAUCAAAUUGGCAUUUUAUCAUUGUGGUUAUUACAUGUCCUCAUUAGGUGCUUGCUGUUUGUUUGAAAUGUUUGUGCAUGCGGUUGAGGGUUGUGCUGUGUUCAAACUUGAAUUUUGUGUCCCUAACAUCUAAUCAUACCUCGUUAGAGUCACUUUCAUUAAACACAGUUUUCAGCACUCUGUCUCAAUAUUUCUAUGUGAAAUUGUAACAUGAAAUAAAUGUGUGAAAAUGCA